GCCCCACGCGGCCGCAACAAGCUGCCGUUGUCCCGCGGGCCGUGGGCCCAGCACACUGGGGCUUUGUCCGGCCCCCGCCACGACCCACGGGGGGCCCCACAUGACCGAGGGGGUAGGAGGAGCCUGCGGCGGCGGCGGCGGCGGCGGCGGCGGCGGCGGCUCCUUCGUUUCCCUCCAGGGCCGGGGGUCGGCGGGCGGUGGCCGCGGCGGCGGGACCAGGUUGGGUAGGGCCGCGGACGCCAGGCCCCCGGUUCCCCGUCAGGCUGCAGGCUCCGGGUCUGGGCCAGCAGGGCAGCUGUGACCCGAGCGCUUUCCGGGCGGCGAGCUGGGGGUGCGCCCCGACCCCCGCCCCCAGGAUCAUGGGAAAUGGCAUGACCAAGGUAGGGGGGCGGCGACCGCGCAUCCCUCACCUGGCUGUCUCCAGCCCUUCCGGCAGGCCACCGGCUGCGACUAGGUACUUCCUGGACUCUACCUCGGAAACUUCAUUGGUGAGCACUGCCCACUCUGUCCCAAGCCUGAGUCCACCAUCAUACUCUGGCCCACACACCAGAGACAGGAUGGGGCUAGAGAUGCCAAAGACCCGGAUCAGCUGGGCCGGAAUAAGAUCACACACAUCAUCUCUAUUCAUGAGUCACCCCAGCCUCUUCUGCAGGUCCUGUCUUGUCUUCUUGACUCGUGCUUAUGCCUUCUUCACCAUUGGAUUGGUUUAUAUUAUCAUCUUUAUUUGGCAACUGAGGCCCAGAGAGGAUAUCACCUACCUUCGCAUCCCGGUGGCUGACACCCCUGAAGUACCCAUCAAAAAGCACUUCAAAGAAUGUAUCAGCUUCAUCCACUGUUGCCGGCUCAAUGGGGGGAACUGCCUUGUGCACUGCUUUGCAGGCAUCUCCCGCAGUACCACCAUUGUGACAGCAUAUGUGAUGACGGUGACGGGGCUGGGCUGGAGGGAAGUGCUUGAAGCCAUCAAGGCCACCCGGCCCAUCGCCAACCCCAACCCAGGCUUCAGGCAGCAGCUGGAGGAGUUUGGCUGGGGAAACUCCCGGAAGCGGCCACCCCAGCUUCGCCGGCAGCUGGAGGAGCGCUUCGGGGAGAGCCCGUUCCGCGACGAGGAGGACGUGCGCGCGCUGCUGCCGCUGUGCAAGCGCUGCCGCCAGGGCUCUGCCACCUCGGCCGCCUCGGCCGCCCCGACCGCGCCGCACUCAGCCUCGGAAGGGACCCUGCAGCGCCUGGUGCCGCGCACGACGCGGGACGCCCACAGGUCGCUGCCGCUGCUGGCGCGCGUCAAGCAGACUUUCUCUUGCCUCCCGCGGUGUCUGUCCCGCAAGGGCAGCAAGUGAGGACCCCGCCCCGAGCGGCUCCCCUCGGCCUCCCGCUCCGCCCCUUCGGGGGCUAUCUGGGCCCCCCACAGUCAGGACGGGCCCAGAGGCUGUGGGAGCCCCGCAGAGGCCCGAUCCCUGCCCCCAUGCCCACCUCGCUUGUCUGCGUCCGCGGUCAGUGUGUCCUCCCUCUGUGCGUCUGUGUCCGGGCCGGCCAGCUGCAGCCACCUGGUGCCUUAGUCCUUGGGCUGGGGGAGGGGCCCCGGCUCCACCCGUAGGGGCGGCGGGAGAGGGAAGUGGGUAGGGUAGGGGUGGACGGGGCUGGAGGGAUAUUAAAGAGACACGAAAGCUGCCUGACCCCGGGCCUGUCAUUCAACAAAGGCCAGACCCUGGUGUCUGGGAAAACAGGGCCAGGUGUGCGGUGUGCAGCCGUCGGGGCGGAGGGGCCUAACCUCCUCAACUGCGGUCUGCAGAGCUGGAUUCUGGGACCGCGAACUCCUUGACACCGCCCCUCAUCUCUCCCAGAGCCCUGAUCUCCCUCCUGAGAAGUUCCUAAGUGCUUCCUUCCAUCUCUCGAAGCCCCCCACCUCUUCUCCAUACAGGCACUGGCCAGUAAGGUCCAGUAGUGCCUCCCCAACACCUGACCUCUCACUGCUUAAGUUUACUUUAUCCUAGGGGAAGAUGUAAGCUUCAGAAAGGUCAGGCAGCUUGCUCAAGAACACACAGCUAGAACUGGGGAGCCUAAGUCUCAUGACAGUUGGUAGGAAGUAGCUCCUGAUUUGGCAGGUUUCUGGUGGGGAGAACCCACCUCCAGCUAGUGGGAAUCAUCCUUCCCAGCUAGAGUUUAAAAGCAAGAGCAAGCAGGGACUGACCCCAAGAAUGAAUAGAGGUCAUCAGAGCUGAGGAGUUUGAAGUAGCAAUAACCCAACAGCCACUGCUAUGGGCUUCUAACUUUGUACCAAGCCCUGGGUGUAGGGGGCCUGAAUGAAAUGACCUUCCUGUCAUCCCAACCUUCUAUUUCUCCUUCAUUUACCAAAUGUUCAUUGAGCACCUACUAUAUGUCAGGAACUGUGUUGGGCACUGGAUUUACAGCAGUGGGUAAGACCUCUGCCCUCACCUUGCUGAUGUUCUGGUAAGAUACCAGGUAAGCAAAAGGAAACAUACCAGGUGGUGGGGGAGUGGACCAUUUUGCUACUGGGGAGUGUAGGGAGCCUGUGUCUUCUUGGAUGGUUUAUGGUACUACCGUCCAACUGGUUUAAAACAUUCAGAUGGUGUCUUUCCCUAUUUAAAAACCUCCACAGGCCCCAUCACCUGGAGGACAAAACAAAGCCCCCUGAUCUGGUGUUCUGUGUCCUUCAACAUGCUCCCUCCCCUUCUAGCACUCCUCCACUGCCUUGGACUCACAGCACACCACUCCUUUGUGUUUGCGCUCACUCAGGCUGUAUGCUAAACUUUCUACCUGCAUCUCAGGCUAUUCAACAGAUGAGGAAACUGAGGCUGGUGCCCAAGGCCAUCAGGUAGCAGGUGGUGGGGAAGUCUGUCUGUAGACCCCACCCUCUAGACACCACCCUCUGCAACCUAGAAAAAUGAAGGGGUGGCCCAAUACACUGAGGACUCCUGCUUAGUUGUACAGCCUGCCUCAGACUCUGAAAAUUUAACCAAACUUGGGCAAAAAGUGUCUGAAAAAAAAUCGCAUCUGUAUUGAACAUACACAAACUUUUAAUUUUCUUGUCAUCGUUCCCUAAACAAUACAGUUUAACAACUAUUUACACAGCAUUUACAUGAGAGGUGAUUUAAAGUCUAGGAUAUACGUAGGUUAUAUGCAAAUACUACAUUAUUUUAUAUAGGAGACUUGAGCAUCCAUGGAUUUCAGUAUCCAGAGGGGUCCUGGAACCCAUCCCCCACAAAUACUGAGGGUGACUGUCAUUAUUCUUGUAGCUAAUCAUAUGAAAUAAUUUGUGCUCUGCUCCACUGGAGUCUAAACCCAGACUGUGGCUACGGAAGUGCUGCUGGCACAUGGAAGGGGACACAGGUGCACAUGAGGGACAGUGCUUGGGUCUCUGGUCAGUGCUGGCUGGAGCCCCGCUCUCUGCCUGCUUCCGGAGAGGAUGUUAUUCUCUCCACCCUGUUUCACCAGGGGCUGGAGCAAUCUGAACUUCUUAAAAUCUUUCAGGUCAGGAAUCCCCUUUUGACAAUUGAAUGAAAGAAACGUAAAAUGCAUAGAUGUGACAAAAUUUAUGUACUAUUUCACAGGAUCACAGACCUCACCAGGAAUCCAUAAAUCCCAAGUAUAGCUGCCAGGAGGUAGGCUGCAGCACCAUUUAGGUCUCUGGAGUCUCCCCAGUCAGCUUUGAAUGCUGACUCUCCCACCAGGCUCUGGGACUUUGUUACAGGGCUUCAAACUUUCUGAGCCUUGGUCAUCUUCAUGUUAAAAUAGGUAAUGAGGCUGGGUUGAAGCUCAGUGGUAGACGGCUUGCCUAGCUUGUUUGAGACCCCAGGUUCAACCCCAGCACCACAAAAUAAGCAAUUAGACUUGUCUCCUGUGCUCUUGUGAGAACCAAUGUAGGCACCAUAGGGAAGGGUUCAGGCGCAGCACCACAGUGAGCAGUGGGUAAAUGGGGAUUCUCAAUAUCUGAAGAAAGAACUGUGGUCUCUGGGCCACCUGCAUCAGAAUCCUUCCUUCAGAUUCAGGUUCCUGGGCUUUUGGGGUUUUGGGGUCGGGAGUGGGCACCAGAAAUCGGUUACUGCCUCCCAGUAGGGACAGGAAACAGUUUGAGAAGCACUGGCCUUUCCAACCUAACCAGUCCAGGUUCUGAAAAGAGACUGAAAGCCAGGGGAGGUGUGGUCCCGGCCACUGGGGAGGUUGAUCCAGGAGAAUCCCUUAAGCCCAGGAGUUCAGGGGCCAGCCUGGGCAAUUUAGGGACA